GACACCAAGACAAUGACUCCGACGCUCUGAAAAGGACUUCAGUCACAUCUCUUUCAAAAGUAUUCAGGCAUCUGCCAUGGAUGCCUAUGUUCCCACACUAGGACCCUACCCAUUCACCCCCACCCCAACUACUGUCUUUUGGGCAAUAGCGACUCAUACGGGCGGGUGCGCAGUUGCGUUUUAUCGACGCGACGCGUUCUCUCGAAGGUCCCCUGGAGGUGGUGGGGGCGUUUAGGGGUACUCCUGGAGGGCGUCUGGCCGUGUGCGCGCUGCGGUCUUCGAGGGUCUCCCUACACGAGGCUGCGUCCCCGUUCGCCCCGCUCCUAGUGCGCCCCGACCGCCGGCCCGCUCCCGGAAGCUACGGAAACGGGUAACAAAGAACCUGCAGGGCCACCGGCCGCCGGAGCUGCGGGACCCCGGGGUCGGGCAGAGUGUCGAGGCUGAGCACCUUCGGGAGCCAAGUGUCCGGGAUCGCAUCGGGGAGCUGUGCGUGGCUCAGCGGCCUCCCCUCGGAGCGCCCGGCCCUCAGCCCCCUCCGGAGCCCUGGUUUCUGCAAACGCCCCAGCCCUCUUCUGCUCCGAGCUGCUCAAGCUUUGUGCGAAGAACCUACUGAAGUCUGUUUUUAAAUAAAAACUUUUUCUAAGUUUCCGUUUGGGGAUUUUUGCUUUGUUUCGGGGGCAGUUUACAAUACUCUCUACCUCGUCGUCGCCUCCUUUUUUUCCUCCUGGUGUAUUAUCCGCGGGGCGGACCUGGGAUGAGCGUUUCGUAAUUGCAAGUAGAACUGUGAGAAGCCGCGUCGGAAUAGGACUCAAGAUGGACAAAAAGUCCUUUGAAACGGUGCUGGAUGAAAUUCGAAAGGCGGUUUUGACAGAAUAUAAAUUGAAAGCAAUUGAGUAUGUUCAUGGGUACUUCUCCAGUGAACAGGUGGUUGACCUCCUAAGGUACUUCUCCUGGGCAGAGCCGCAGCUGAAGGCCAUGAAAGCACUACAGCAUAAAAUGGUGGCUGUCCACCCAGCGGAAGUGGUCAGCAUCCUCAGCUGUUUCACCUUCAGUAAAGACAAACUGGCUGCUCUGGAGCUCUUGGCCUCAAACAUUGUGGAUGCACAGAACUCUCGUCCCAUUGAAGAUUUAUUCAGGAUCAACAUGUCGGAGAAGAAACGGUGCAAAAGAGUCCUGGAGCAGGCUUUCAAAGCUGGCUGCAAAGCACCUCACGCCAUGAUAUCUUCAUGUGGAACCAUCCCAGGAAACCCUUAUCCCAAAGGAAAACCCAGCCGCAUAAAUGGGAUUUUCCCUGGAACUCCUCUGAAAAAGGACGGUGAAGAAUGUACCAAUGAAGGCAAAGGAAUAGCAGCACGGAUUCUUGGACCAUCCAAACCACCUCCCUCAACGUACAAUCCACACAAACCUGUCCCCUACCCGAUACCUCCUUGCCGGCCACAUGCAACUAUUGCACCAAGUGCUUACAACAAUGCAGGUCUGGUGCCCUUAGCCAAUGUGAUAGCUCCAGGUGUCCCUCCCCCUCCUCCGUACACUCCGAAUCCAGUAGGAACAGACAAUGAAGACCUCUCCAGUCAGUCAAAACCUGCACAGAGUCAAACGUUCCCCACUCCAGCAAGUCAACUCUUCUCCCCUCAUGGUUCCAAUCCUUCGACUCCGGCUGCGACUCCUGUCCCCGCUGUGUCCCCAGUCAAGGCAGUAAACCAUCCAUCCGCGUCAGCAGCUGCCACUGGGGCGGGGAUGAGUGCUCCCAACACUGCCCUUCCGGUGUUCCCAAUGCCUCAGCCAUCCACACCGAACCCGACUGUGAUCCGGACUCCCUCGGUGCCCGUGACACCUGUUACCUCCGCCCACAGCACUACACCUGCUCCUGUCCCUUCCAUUUUCUCUGGCCUAGUGCCACUGCCAGGUCCCUCUGCCACCCCCACCCCCUCCCCUCAGGCCAACUCGACACCAAGGGUCACACUGGCUUCCAGUGAGACAUUUGCUUCCACUUGUGGCCCGUUCACCAGCCACUCCUCGGCCAGCUCCACCGCUGGGUCAGCCAGUAACCCAAGCACGGCUUCCCUGUCAUCUGUCUUUGCGGGCCUGCCUUUGCCCUUCCCGCCGGCAUCCCAUGGCAUAGCCACCCCAGCUCCUUCCGUGAUUGCCAGUGCUGCAGGUCCACAUGGUGUAAACAGCCCUCUUCUGUCCGCCUUAAAAGGCUUCCUCACGUCAAACGACACACACUUAAUCAAUUCCUCUGCCUUGUCGUCCGCGGUCACAAGUGGGCUGGCUUCAUUAUCCUCUCUUCCCAAUCAAAACUCGGAUUCUCCUGCCUCAGCCACUAACAAGUGCUAUGCCUCUGCGGCUGUUGCUGCCGCACAGAGGUCUUCCACCCCCGGGAUGGCCAUGUUCCCAGGCCUGCAGUCCCCUGUGGCCAGCGCCACUUCUGCAGCCCCAGUUCUGCCUGCGCAGUCUCCGUUGGCUACCCCCUCCUCCACAGCAGUGUCAGUCAGCUGUGGCUCCUCAGGCUCGCUUCUGCACGGUCCCCAUGCAGGUGGCAUCUCAUCCACCCCUGCUGCAGCAACUGUGCCUGUUAUGAUCAAAAGUGAGCCCACAAGCCCCCCUCCCUCGGCCUUCAAAGGCCCGGCUCAUCCCGGGACUCCUGCUCGCAGUACCUUGAGCCUGUCAGGUCCUCUGGGCCGCGGAUACCCCACGACCUCAGUGCCCAUCAGUGUGUCCACUUGCCUUAACCCUGCACUGUCCGGGCUCUCCAGCCUGAGCAACCCCCUGGCUGGUUCUAUGUCCCUUCCUCCACACGCGUCCUCCACGCCCAUUGCUCCUGUAUUCACUGCCCUUCCCCCAUUCACUUCGUUGACCAACAGUUUCCCUCUACCCGGCAGUCCCUCCCUCAAUCCUGCUGUGUCCCUUGCGGGACCAUCCACCACCACAUCUGCAGCUGCACAUCCCAGCUCGGCGACCAUGCGCCCAGUGCUGCCCACCUCCAAUGCCUCACCUGCAGCCUUCCCACUCAACCUGUCCACCGCCGUGCCCUCCCUCUUCGCCGUCACCCAGGGCCCGCUGCCCGCCUCCAACCCCUCCUACCCUGGCUUCCCUGUCUCCAGUGCCCCAAGUGGUGCCCCCGCGCUGCCCUCGUUCCCGGGGCUGCAGGCGCCCUCCACAGUAGCGGUCACCCCACUGCCGGUGGCCGCCUCGGCCCCAUCGCCUGCGCCCGUCCUCCCCGGCUUUGCUUCGGCCUUCAGUUCCAACUUCAACUCCGCCCUGGUGGCCCAAGCAGGUUUGUCAUCUGGACUCCAAGCUGCGGGUAGCUCUGUGUUUCCAGGCCUUCUGUCCCUCCCAGGUAUCCCUGGGUUUUCCCAGACUCCUUCGCAGUCAUCCCUGCAAGAGUUGCAGCACAGCGCAGCCGCGCAGUCGGCUCUGUUACAGCAGGUCCAUUCGGCGUCUGCUCUGGAGAGCUACCCAGCCCAACCAGACGGAUUCCCUAGCUAUCCUUCCACACCUGGAACACCAUUUUCUUUGCAACCAGGUCUAUCCCAAAGUGGAUGGCAGUGAAUUUUAAACAUGUUUAUUCUUCUUGGGAACAACAUGAAAUUUGCCCAAGAACUGCAAUGAGCAAUCUGACAUAUGAAAUUGGC